UGUUACUUCAUAGAUGUAACUUUAAUCUUGUUGUUAAAUUGUGGAAACUAAGUAAAAUUUUAUUAGUUUUUAAUAUCUGACAAAAAUGUCUGAUAAUGACGAUGAUUAUAUGUGUGAGGAGGAGGAGGACUAUGGUUUGGAAUAUUCUGAAGACAGUAAUUCAGAGCCAGAUGUGGAUUUAGAGAACCAGUACUAUAACAGCAAAGCAUUAAAAGAAGAUGAGCCCCAGGCAGCGCUGCUCAGUUUCCAGAAGGUUCUGGAGUUGGAAGGUGGAGACAAGGGUGAAUGGGGUUUUAAAGCACUCAAACAGAUGAUUAAGAUUAAUUUCAAAUUGGGCAAUUUCACAGAGAUGAUGACUAGAUACAAGCAACUGCUGACUUACAUAAAGAGUGCUGUCACUAGGAAUCAUUCAGAGAAAUCCAUUAAUUCUAUUUUAGACUAUAUAUCAACAUCUAGAAAUAUGGAAUUGUUACAAGACUUCUAUGAAACAACAUUGGAAGCGCUGAAGGAUGCAAAGAAUGAUAGGCUAUGGUUUAAAACAAACACAAAAUUAGGCAAACUGUAUUAUGACAGGGGUGAUUUUAAUAAAUUGGCAAAAAUAUUGAAACAAUUACAUCAGAGCUGCCAGACUGAUGAUGGAGAAGAUGAUCUAAAGAAAGGCACACAGUUACUGGAGAUAUAUGCACUUGAAAUCCAGAUGUAUACUGCACAAAAGAACAACAAAAAAUUGAAAGCAUUGUAUGAACAAUCUUUGCAUAUCAAAUCAGCUAUACCCCAUCCUUUAAUCAUGGGAGUCAUUAGAGAAUGCGGAGGGAAAAUGCAUUUGAGAGAAGGAGAGUUUGAGAAGGCUCACACUGAUUUCUUUGAAGCGUUCAAAAAUUAUGAUGAGUCUGGGAGUCCUAGAAGAACUACUUGUUUGAAAUAUCUGGUGCUAGCUAAUAUGCUUAUGAAAUCCGGCAUAAAUCCAUUUGACUCCCAAGAAGCUAAACCCUACAAAAACGAUCCUGAAAUACUUGCAAUGACAAAUCUAGUAAUGGCCUAUCAAAAUAAUGACAUCAAUGAAUUUGAAUCUAUAUUGAAACAUAAUAGAAAUAAUAUAAUGGAUGAUCCAUUCAUUAGAGAACAUAUUGAAGACUUAUUAAGGAAUAUUAGAACACAAGUGUUGAUAAAACUGAUAGGUCCAUACACUAGAAUCCAUAUACCUUUUAUAUCAAAGGAGCUGAAUAUAGAUGAGAAAGAAGUGGAGAAUUUACUUGUCACAUGUAUUUUGGAUAACACGAUAAGCGGCCGCAUCGACCAGGUGAACUCAGUGCUGGAGCUGGCCAGCAGCGCGCGCGGCGCGGCGCGGUACUCCGCGCUCGACAAGUGGACCGCGCAGCUCUCCUGCCUGCACCUCGCGCUCGCCAACAAGAUGGCCUAGCCGCCGCCGCACCCCGCACACCUCCCGCACGCCCGCCGCGCCGCCGGAGCACCGUCGCUGUAGUGCCGCGCCCUACACACUGUAACAAGGCUAACCCUCCCCCCCUCGAACCCAGCGCACACCGCCACCCACACGUGCGUCGCGCUGCUAUAGUGCCGUCCCUGCAAAGCGAUGCAACACCGCCAAUAACAUGAUGACCUA